CUAGAAUGAACUAAAGACACCUUCUUACACCUCUCUAUCUCACUCUGACUCAAAACUAUGGUCCUUCCCAAUGAAGAAAACUUGGUCUAUGGCAUUAAGCUUUCCUCAAUUGGGCCGGGUCGAUCUACCGGGUCAGACACGGUUCAUGACCUGAGUAACAUGGACUUGGCCAUGAAGCUCCACUAUCUUAAAGUGGUUUACUUCUUUAAUAGCAAUGCAGCUCAAGGUUUAACCAUUUUGCGCAUGAAGGAAACCAUGUUCGACUGGCUGAAUGAGUACUACUACACCAAUGGCCGCCUCCGGAGAUUGGAGUCUGGGCGUCCAUACAUCAAGUGCAAUGACUCUGGCACUAGAUUCAUCGAAGCUCAGUGUGACAAAACCAUUGAUGAAUUUCUAGAGAUGAAGGAUUCGUCUCUUCAAAACCUUCUCGUUUCCCAACAAGUCAUUGGGCCUGAACUAUCAUUCUCUCCCCUAGUUCUCAUACAGGUAACCCGUUUCAAAUGUGGAGGGAUGUCACUGGGCCUAAGCUGGGCCCAUAUCCUUGGAGAUGCAUUCUCAGCUUCAGAGUUCAUGAACAGAUGGGGCGAAAUCGUGUCUGGUAUUUGGCCCAACAAGACACCCAACUUUCCCAAAUCAGACACACAGACCGAGAGUGAGAGUGAGAGUGAGAGAUCCAAAAACCUACCACUUUCGAAGGAUAAGGACCCACUUUCUGUGAAACAGGUGGACCCAGUUGGAGACCAUUGGAUAACUUCCAAUAGCUACAAAAUGGAUACAUUUUGGUUCCCUAUAAGUGCCAGCCAGUUAGCUACUAUACGGGCAGAAAUUUCAGGUGAGAACCAAUUUGACCAAAUCCCAAUCUUUGAAUCUCUUUGUGCCAUCAUAUGGAAAUGUGUUGUCAAAGUUAGAGAACGGGCUCCACCUAAAAUAGUGACAAUAUGCAAAAGUGAUCCGAGGAAACCCACCAGUGGGAAUUUAAGUAACACUCAAAUUAUAAGUACAGUUGAGGCAGGUUUUUCUAUAACAAAGGAGACGGGUCCAAAAAAAUUGGCAACAUUGCUAAUUAAUCAAGCUGUGGAUGAAAGAAGCCAGAUUGAAGAAUUAGUGGAGAGGGAUCAUGGGGUAUCUGAUUUUAUAGUUUAUGGAGCCAAAUUGACUUUUGUGGAUUCGGAAGAGGCUAAUUUUUAUGGGUUAGAGUUGAAUGGACAUAAACCAGAUUUUGUGUACCAAUCUAUCCAAGGCGUUGGAGAUGAAGGAGUAGUUUUUGUGCUUCCAGAGCCAAAAGAUUCUUGCAAGAACAAAAAUGACCGUGGAAGGAUAGUGACAAUAAUUUUUCCAGAAAAUCAAAUGGUGGAGCUGAGAUCUGAGCUGGUGAAGAAUGGCCUACUACUUGACGGUAAUCUUGCUUAAAGGUGCCGUGCGUCGGUCCGUGUUGUCUAGAAAUCUAAAGGACCAAUAAGGCCAUGCCUGGCUUCCUGUAUUUGGCCUAUGCUAUGAUGUGUCCGUCUCUUUUAAUCAGAAUUACCAUCUCCUAAACGUUAUUUGUGAACUCUUGUUAAUAAUUGUUACAAGCUAGUUAUCUUUAGCUUGGAAGUUGGAAAUUGUGUAAUAACUUUUGUAUAUUUGUCUAAUAACUUCAGCAGCAUUUAUUGUA